AUGAGUGGCAACGGUAGCAGACCUCCUCGACUUGACAAUUUGCUGAAGUUGGAUGGAUAUCUGUGGAAUUAUCAGAAUGAAAUUUGUCGUCGAUAUGGAGUAUUCCUUGACUACUCGAAGAAAAUUGAAGAGUGUGGGGGGUGGGAAACAUUCACAACAGCUUAUCGAGAAUAUGGUGUUGUGGUGAUGAAGGAUAAUUCAGUUCGUUGUCUGGAAUGGGCACCGGGAGCAGAAGCCUUGUCGUUGGUGGGAGAUUUUAACGAUUGGAACACUGAAUCCCAUCCAUACAAGAGACUGGAGUAUGGCAAAUGGGAAUUAAUUAUUCCAGCUGAUAAAGAUGGUAAUUGCCCCAUUAAGCAUGGAUCGAUAAUCAAGGUUGCAGUAAGGAAAAAUAACAUAUUUCGUUUUAAACUAUCGCCUUGGGCUCACUAUGUUACACGGCCAAAAGAAGCAACAGUUUACCAUAUGCCUUUUUAUAAUCCGUCAGAAUCGGAACGUUAUGAUUUCAAACAUGCAAGGCCAUCAAAACCAGAAUCGUUACGGAUUUACGAAGCACAUGUUGGAAUAUCUAGUUGGGAAGGCAAAGUCAAUACCUACAAGAAUUUCGCGAAUGAUGUUAUUCCAAGAAUUAAAAACAAGGUCACUAGUUUCUUUGCGGCAUCAAGUCGUUGCGGGACACCGGAAGACUUGAAAUAUCUUGUUGAUAAAGCACACGAAGCGGGUAUCCUUAUCUUGCUUGAUGUGGUACACUCGCAUGCUUCAAAGAAUGUGGAUGAUGGAUUGAAUGAGUGGGAUGGUACUCAAAAUAAAUACGGCUUUGAUGGAUUCCGAUUUGAUGGCGUAACAUCGAUGCUAUACCAUUCUCAUGGAAUUGCCGACGCAUUAGAUGGUGGUUAUGACAUGUAUUUCGGUCUGAAUGUUGAUACCGACUCACUUGUUUAUUUGAUGCUUGCAAAUUCGUUUCUGCAUCGCAGAUUCCCCCAUAUCGUGACGAUUGCUGAAGAAGUAAGUGGCAUGCCAGCAUUAUGUCGACCAGUCGAAGAAGGUGGACAAGGUUUCGAUUAUCGCUUAGCAAUGGCAGCACCGGAUUUGUGGAUUAAAUUUCUCAAACAUUUCUCAGAUGAAGACUGGGAUAUUUCUAAUUUGGUAUUUACACUGGAAAAUAGAAGAUACGCUGAGAAGCAUAUUGCAUAUGCAGAAUCACACGAUCAAGCCCUUGUUGGUGAUAAGACGAUAGCGUUCUGGUUGAUGGAUAAAGAAAUGUACGAUUUCAUGUCUGAAACAACACCGUUAACCCCAAUAAUUGAGCGUGGUAUAGCAUUGCAUAAAAUGAUUCGUCUUAUCACAUAUGGAUUAGGUGGCGAAGCAUGGUUGAAUUUUAUUGGUAACGAAUUUGGUCACCCAGAAUGGCUUGAUUUUCCACGUGUGGGUAACAACGAAUCAUUUCAUUAUUGCCGAAGACAGUGGAAUUUAGUAGAUAAUGAGCUUCUUCGAUACAAAUAUUUAAAUAAUUUUGAUCGUGCCAUGAAUGAAUUGGAAGAGAAGCAUCUUUUCUUAUCACGCGGGCCGGCAUACACUUCGUGGAAACAUCAGGAUGAUAAAGUGAUAGCAUUCGAACGUGCUGGUCUUCUCUUUAUUUUCAAUUUUCAUCCGCACAAGAGUUACUCGGAUUAUAAAAUUGGUAUCGAAGUAGCGGGGGAGUAUGUACUGGCAUUAAAUAGUGAUGACUCCGAAUUUGGUGGUUUUAAUCGAUUGGACAAAAAUCAGCAUUACUUUACUUUCCCGGAAGGUUAUGCAAAUCGACGGAAUCAUCUUUGUGUAUAUAUUCCUUGCCGUGUUGCUAUUGUCUUGGAAAAAAUAAGCGAAAAGUCUGCUUCCUGAUUCUUUUUCAUUUUUUCUUGAGAUAAAAAUAGUUAUAGCGCAAGAAAACGUGAAAUUUAUAUGUGUAUAAUAUACAUAUGCUUUUACUAUUUCUCUUUUUCCCCUUGAUUAUAACUUUUAUUUUCUUUAAGGUCUUCCUUUCCUAGUUUUAUUUUCUAUAAAUUGGACUGUACUUAUGCUAAAUGUUGAAGAUUGUUAACUUCAGUUUUCGUUAAUAAUUUGUUAGUGCAUCUAUUAAGAUAUUUUAUUCGUCUUCCUGUAACUUACUGCUUCAGCUUAGGAGGAGAUCGAUAACUAGAAG